CUGUAUUGUCGCCAAUGUUUUGAGUACGUUUUAUUUGCAAAAUCAGUUUCAAUUAAUUUUCUGGGUCAUUUUUUUGCAUUUCAGCCAAAUUUUUCUUUGGGUUCUUUGGCAGGUCAUAUCCCAACGAUUCUGACUGCCGCUUCCCUGCCAACGGUGAUAUCAACCGCCGCUGGUGUAACGUCUGCUGCGCCCAUGCAAUCCUCUGCUGCCAACCAACCGUGCACAACGCUUUUCGUCGCUAAUCUUGGACCAACAGUUAAUGAACAGGAGUUACGCGAGAUAUUUGGAAGCUUCCCCGGAUUUUGUCGCCUUCGUAUGCAUAAUAAAAACGGAUCCCCAGUGGCUUUCAUCGAAUACUUUGUAAGUCAUUUCGAUUCGUUGUCCAUGUCGAAGGAUCUUUGCCAGGCUACUCAAGCUAUGACUACUCUGCAAGGAUUUGUGUUGUUAUCUUCUGAUCGCGGUGGUAUAAGAAUCGAAUAUGCAAAGCAUAAAAUGGGCGAAGUAAGACUUUAUAUGCGCGUUUUCUUUGGUCUCAGUAAAUUUACUUUAGCCGCGAAAGGACGACAGCUUUAA